GCUUGCACCUCAGAGUAUGUUCUUCCACUCCAUUAUUGCAAGCUGUCCAUCGCCGUCGCGUCAGCAGGACUACGCUUAUCUUCAGUGCGUAUGCAACCAUCUAUGUCUCUUCAACAGCGGCCUGGGAAAACAAGGUAGAGCACACCUGAUCAGUAUUUAUGGCAACAUACGAGCAUAUAUGGCUUAUUCCUCAGCUAGUACCAGCUACAAGUCGAAGAGGGUCAACAGCUUACGAACCACCAGGCUAACCUAGCAUAGGCACUCCAUGGAGACUCUUGACCUCCACCUUAUUUUGCAAGAACGAUAAGAACUCUACCGUAAUAUAAUGACCAAGAUAGGAUCCACCCAGGUGGCCGCUUCUCAAACGCGAAACAAGAGCGGUAAUAGCUGUCAAAAUGUCCCCUAAAGGAGGGAAUGAUAUUGAAACAUGGGUCGACUGGAUAUGAUUUCGACUGCACAUGGGACUGUGUCCUUCUAAUGCCUUUUGGCUUCUAAGAAGUUGGACCAUGUGGCGCGACAUGGAAAGCACCAUAUCAAGGAAAAACCCCACACAUGGAGGCCUGAUCUUCCGGAACACGAUGGUCAUAUCUGACUGCGUAAUCGGCCCAUCGGGAUUCAAGGAAAUAGAGGCCAAUAAGUCGAAAACCAAGAAGUUCAAUUUUUUGAAUGGAUUUUGCGAAUCUGGGCCAGGCUCCAGCACAUAGACAAUGGUACUUGGACUCUUGGAGCAGCUAAGAAGGCUUUAUGUUACCAUUUUCGCAGUCUUAUCAGCAGAUUUAGGAGACGUCAAGGGCCACUAUCCAGGAUAUGGCGUCUUCACCUCCAAAUGGUUUGCUGGUAUACACAACGUCGUCGAUGACUCAAUAAGCCAGAGGGAAGUAUUCGACAGACUCCACAGCUCAAGGCACCACGGUCAUCCUCAUAGGAUCGAAGGUAGUUUGGAAAUCGUUAUCAUCAGAAGUCGAUGUGGAGUGAUCUAUGAUUCACUAGACACGAUGAAGGAGCAGCCUGCGUCAACCACGUUGCAUCUCAUUCAAACAACCCUCUAUAUACCCCGCAACCCAACUACUGUGCGAGGCAUAUCUACCAACUUCAGCGUACACAACGACAAGAUGGUCUACCACACCAACGGCCGGACGAUGCCAUCCUCGAUCCCAUGCGGAAGAUUUACUGCACAAAUGGGUGGUAAUAAAACUGGACCGAAAUUACCCGUCAAGCCUCCGUCGACGACACCGACAGGAUCAGGGUCGAGACGCACUGGAGCCAACGCCAACGACAGAAACGCACAAAGGGGUCAGGGUGUCAAUGCGUUGACGAAGCAGAGGGCUCUCUGAAAAGCAGUCAGAAUAGUUGUGAAUCUGGAUGAGAACCUGUAAUAAGUGACCUCGUAUCAA